AUGGAGAGACCGCUGCUCGACGCUCGUCACACGGCCCUGGUGGCGUCUACGCCGGCACAGACGACUUCUCCUGCACCUCGUGGCUCCGUCGGUCUUUUCUCAGCUUCAGGCUCCCGUGAACGCGCCGUACCAACCAAUCCGGGGCUCGCGUCUUUUCCCCAUGAAGACGUAGAGCCAAUGAGAGUGUAUCCAACUGCUUGCAGUGUGUCGAAUCCAGCGUCGUCGGCGACUGCAGGGACUGCAGGCUUCCGGUCCGUGUCCUUGCCACGAUGGUCGCCGUCUCCGUUGACGCCCAGAUACUUAGCGGCGGUAACACAUCAACCACCACCACCGUUGGGGAUUCUGCUGACAAGUUCGGCGCCUGGAUCGGGCACUACCAAUGUACCAAGUGCUGAAGUUGGUGGGAGCGAAGCAGGCAGUCAUUAUUACCACUACAGCAAUGAGAUGAUACAGACUGGCAGUAGCCUUGGUGGCUUGAGUGCUGCUGCUGCGGAGAAUGCAAAUACAAGUACUAAUGGUGCACCGAUGACCAUGACCUCCACAUUAGCGACGUUGCCGCUACCCAUGACGCGCCCGUUGGUGAUCCCACCACCGCCACCCGCUGCAGCGAUAACAACCUCGACCUCGGUGGCUCCCACCAGGAAGCGUAAGCGGAUUCCAGGGGCUAUGCGGAUGCGCAACUUUCUCUGUAUGCAUCCUGGCUGUGGCAAGUCGUUCACGGACAGCGCUCAUUUGAGAGACCACACAGUUGUACACACGGGUGAGAAGAAACUGAGCUGUCCGACGUGCAACAAACUUUUUGCUAGGGCGUCUACGUUACAGGAGCACAUUCGUGUUCAUACCGGAGAGAAGCCUUACGUAUGCGGCGUCCCUGGCUGCAGUAAAUGUUACUCGUCUCGUGCUGCGAUGCGCUUCCACCGCUCUACCCACACUGCCCCAGCGACGCCGUUCGUGUGUCAAGAAUGUGGGAAGCAUUUUCGUGUCCGUGAGCUCUUGAUGGCGCACCUAAAGGUCCAUGCAGCUCACCGAGCAGCAGCUGUUCUCACCUCCCUGUCACCUUCUGGAACAGCUAGAACUGUGAUGGAUCAUGAGAACAGAUACCUUCAAGAUACCAUUCGAGCACAGCAGGACCAGAUCGAGCAGCUGAAGGCUGAGGUUCUGAGACUACGAGGGCAAACCUCUCUCGACGCUACAGUAGCUGCUGUGCCUGCGCUGACUGCUCCAGUUGAAAUGCUUCGAGAUGGGUUCAAGCCGUUCGAGUGCUGCAUCUGCCAUAACCGCUUUGCCAACUUCUACCAGCUCACGUUUCAUGGCAAGCAGCAUCCAGAGAGACCCAUGACAGAGGUGACGGGAGAGCAGGUUCCUCUUCCUGUUGGACCCAAACACUGCCCUGAGGAAGAGUGUGAGUAUGCAGAGUCCACAGGUCGGAGCUUGAGGAAUCUGCAGACUUUGAAGCGACAUUGGCAGCGCCGCCAUCAAGACGAGCGGCCCUACGCAUGUUCGUAUUGCCCGGCGACACGUCAGAAGACUUUCAAGACCCGAGAGAACCUCAAAGCUCAUGAAAAGGACUGCAACAAGAACGUUCCUGUCCGGUGA